UGUCAAAAUGUCAAUGGCGAUAAAUGAUAAAUGACGUUUGUGAUAUUGAUAAGAGACUUUCGAUUGUAGUUUUUAUGUUUUUUUGUUGGAAAAAAUAACGUUUUGUUAAAAUGGGGAUAUUCACAUCCUGCUGUAAACCUUCAGCUUCUGAAGUGUUGACUCCAGACUCCGAGACCAGACGUCGGCAGCAGGUCGAGGCGGCGGAGCGGCGCGCUGCGCAGGAAGCCGCCCGCGGGGUGAAGGACCCCAGCAAGGUGAUACGCAUCCAACAGAGAAAUGAAGAAAUGGAGAAAAGAGAACAAGAAUUGAAUAAGCAGGGUGGUGCUAAUUUGAGAUGGACAUCAGGCUGAGAUGAGGCUCCAAGUGGGAGCUGUCAGAGCGGUCAGACUGAACCCAAGGAGAAGAAUGAAAAAUAUAAAUAUAAAAAUUGACCGCAA